AUGCCUGCAACCUUGAGACCAUAUAUCCGAACGCUACUUCCAGAUUCCUCACCCCAUCUAUCUCUGAUCGAAUCGCAAACACCAGUAUCUCUGGGGCGUACCCAUACCGACAACCAGCUUUCUCACAUAUCCGUCGCUGGUACUUCAUCCAUCCUACAGAUCCCUUGGCCAGAGCGAUCCAUACUGCAAGCGGUCAAGAAAAAGACCUUAUCGCCUUACUGGGGCGAAGAGUUUAUGUUCAAUGUGGUCCCGAGCAGAGACCGCAUCACACUGCAGGUGUUCGACCACCACAGAUUCAUGUUGAAGAAGGCCGGGUUUCUGGGAAUGGUUGAGCUGAGUUUGAAGGACCUGGACAUUCCCGGCCCCAAUGAGGAGAUGAAACAGGAGAACUUCUCUCUCAAAGGCCGCAAAGGGGUCACCCAAAAGAAGAUCUCGGGCUCCCUUACUAUCCGUCUACAGUACUCGCGUGUCCCAGAGAACGAAGCUCCUCAGCGCAACACUACAAGUACGAACCCAGAACCGGCUGCUGCUUUGCCACCUACGUCGGAUGAUCUGUUUCAGGCACCCCCCAAUGCUAAUGUCCCGUCUACGACAUCGACUGCGGCAGCAAGCUCAAGUGCUGCAGGAGCGAGAGGCAAUGCGGAAGGCGCUGAGUCCGAAAGUGAGGGCGAACAGCAGGAGGAGCCCCUACCCGAGGGCUGGGAGGAGCGCGAGGACCAGAACGGACGCAUCUACUAUGUCGACCACAACACCAAAACCACCGCCUGGACUCGCCCCACGUCCACCAACACAGACAGCAUCCGCGAGGGCAGACAGCGUGACAACGCACAGGAACAGCAAAGUUUUGCCAAGCGCCACCGCACCAGCUUCACGUCCGAAAGCGGGGCGGGCAAGUCGGCGGUUCAGGAGGUGCAGGAGGGUAUGGCAGACAUGCGUAUGCACGAGGGAUCGUCCAGGGCUGGGGGGGCUUCAGCCGGAGCUUCGUCGAGCGGGACAUCCAGCAGAACGGGCUCAACAGGAGGGUCCAAGAAAUACGCCAGUGUGGCUGUAUCUGCUGAGGAAACUCCGCUGCCAGUCGGGUGGGAGAUGCGGUCUACGCCCGAGGGCAAAGUCUUCUUCGUCGAUCACAACACACGAGAAACGACCUGGCAGGAUCCGAGAAAACCCAAACCCACUCCAGGCGCCGACCAAGGAGGCGACAGCUCUGGUGGUGCAUCGACCCUCAAUACACCGACGACACGGAACAGGGCCAGUUCGAACCCGAACCUCGGCACACUGCCGCCCGGUUGGGAGGAGAGACGCACGCAUGACGGACGUAUCUUCUAUGUCAACCACAUCGAACGUACCACGCAGUGGGAGGAUCCUCGGCACCAGCACUCGUACUCACAGAACACCCCGGCUCAGGCCUAUGCGCGAGACUACCGGACUAAACUGGCCUACUUCAGGUCAAAGCUGCGCCAGCGUGAGGGCAAGGUGGAUAUCACCGUGGGCAGAAACGCUGUGUUUGAGGACUCGUUCCGUGAGGUGAUGAGGUACACGCCCGAUCAACUGCGCAAGCGACUGUGGAUCAAGUUCGAGGGCGAAGACGGUCUGGACUACGGAGGUUUGGCGCGAGAGUGGUUCUACCUGCUCUCCCAUUCCGCUUUCUCGCCAUACUACGGUCUCUUCGAGUACGCCGCCAGUGAUAUCUACACACUGCAGAUCAGUCCAAACUCGGGUAUCAAUCCCGAUCAUCUGCAGUACUUUGAGUUCAUCGGACGAAUUGUGGGAAUGGCGGUGUUCCACGGCAAGCUUAUUGACGCCUUCUUCAUCCCGCCGUUCUACCGUAAAAUGUUGGGCCGACCUAUGGAAUUCGAGGAUAUCCAGACUGUGGACAUUGAGUACUACCGCAGUUUGCGCUGGAUCCUGGACAACGACAUCACCGAUGUUCUGGACCUGACAUUCAGUGUGACGAAGGAGAACUUUGGAAACAUAGAGGAGAUUGAGCUGAAGCCCGAUGGAGACAAUAUCGAAGUGACUGAGGAGAACAAGAAGGAGUAUGUGGCGCUGAUGACGGAGUGGCGGUACAGCAGGAAUAUCGAGGAGCAGAUGAAUGCCUUCAUCACCGGCUUUAACUCUAUCAUUCCUCAGCAUUUGGUAAAGAUAUUCGAUGAGAAAGAGCUUGAGUUGCUGAUCGGAGGUUUGGCCGAGAUAGAUGUGGAGGAUUGGAAGGCAAAUACAGAGUAUCGCAACGGCUACCACGCCCAGCAUGAGACUGUGGUGAUGUUCUGGAAGGUUGUGGAGAGUUUCGAUAACGAGAUGAAGGCUCGUCUGCUUCAGUUUGUUACAGGAACUUCGCGCGUGCCUGUCAGUGGUUUCAAGGAGUUACACGGAAGUAAUGGGCCGCAGAAAUUCUGUAUUGAGAAGGUCAAUGCCGUCGAUGGACUGUGUCGCGCACACACGUGCUUUAACCGUGUAGAUCUCCCUCAAUAUGCGAGCUUAGAAUUGCUAAGCGAACGACUUGUCUUCGCCAUGGAGAACACGGCUGGUUUCUCCAAUGAAUAA